AUGGCUGCUGCAUACAACCAGAACCAAUCGCAGCCCAUCUUCCCGGACAGCUAUGUCGGUUUCGACAGCAUCACCAAGCAGAUUGAGCGCAAGUCGGUCAAGCGGGGCUUCCAGUUCAAUGUCAUCUGCGUUGGACAGACUGGUCUCGGCAAGUCGACACUGAUCAACACGCUCUUCGCCUCGCACCUCAUGGACUCCAAGGGCCGCUUCCAGCCCGACGAGGAGGUCCGCAGCACCACCAACAUCCACCCCGUCUCACACAUCAUCGAGGAAAACGGCGUGCGUCUGCGCCUCAACAUCGUCGACACGCCCGGCUACGGCGACCUGAUCAACAACGAGCGCUGCUGGGACCCCAUUGUCAAGUACAUCAAGGACCAGCACAGCGCCUACCUCCGCAAGGAGCUUACCGCCCAGCGUGAGCGCUACCUCCAGGACACGCGCAUCCACUGCUGCCUGUUCUUCAUCCAGCCUUCUGGCCACGCCCUCAAGCCCAUCGACAUUGUUGUCCUCAAGAAGCUUAGCGAGUUUGUCAACGUCGUGCCCGUCAUUGCCAAGAGCGACAGCUUGACCCUGGAGGAGCGUGCCGAGUUCAAGCACAGGAUAAAGGAGGAGUUCCAGUUCCACAACCUGCGCAUGUACCCCUACGACAACGAGGAGGAUGACAACGAGGAAGUCCAGGCAAAGCAGGCCAUUAAGGAACUCCUUCCUUUUGCUGUCGUCGGCUCUGAGAGGACUGUUGUUGUCAACGGCAGGAACGUCCGUGGUCGCCAGAACAAGUGGGGUAUCAUCAACGUCGAGGACGAGAACCACUGCGAAUUCGUCUACCUCCGCAACUUCCUCACCCGCACCCACCUGCAAGACCUGAUCGAGACGACCGCACAAAUCCACUACGAGUCGUUCCGCGCCAAGCAGCUGCUUGCCCUCAAGGAGAGCUCUCACCAGGGCCACUCCUCGCGCCCCAUCUCACCCUCUGCCGACCGCGAGCUCAGCAGGAACAGCCAGCGCAUGACCAUGAACGGGUACUAG